AUGCGUCGCACGAUUCUUAUAGCCUCUCUCUUCUCGUCCAUCUCCUUUGCCGCCGCUAUCUCGCCGCGGGGCCUCCGCGGCAUCCCUUCUUCGCUGUCCGAAGUGCUGCCCCUCCACCCAGAACAAUAUCAAAGCCCAAUGAACCCAGGUCCCGUACAGGGCGGCACCGAGCCAGAAAGCCCCAGUGGCAGCGGCGAUGCUGGUGAUAACGCCCUGUCAAUCUCAGACAUACUGCCCCAAACUCGAAAAAUCAACAUCUUUGCCUCUCUCACGCGAGACAUCUCCAGCGUGACUGGCCGCCUGGAAUCGACGAAGCCGGCAGAUAACACGACGCUCCUUGCUCCUUUGAACGGUGCAAUGCAGGCUCUACCGCGGAAGCCUUGGGAAGAUAGACCGGGAGACGAGGGCGUCAGUGCCCAAUACAAUGAGGACAAAGCAGCAGAGAAUCUUCAAAGGUUCGUCGAAGAGCAUGUUGUUCCAGUGAGCCCUUGGAGGGAAGGGGAGAAGAUCAAGACUUUGGGCGGCCAAGAACUGUGGUGGGAACGGAACUCUGAUGGAGAGAGGGUUGUUAAACCCGGAAAUUUGGUGGUUGAUGGUGUCGUUGGUAGGGUGGGCAAUGGUGAGAUUUGGGCUGUGAAGGGUGUAGUCAACUACGCCUAG